UGAAAAGUGAUACCACGUGAUUGCAGAGGAUGCCAUUGAACGACAUUGUUAGGUGAUCUUCGGUCAAAGAAGCCAACAACACUGAUAAUGGAUGUAAAUUUACGAUUAUCGAGGAAGAAGCCUCAUUCUCGAAAAUAAAAAAAUUAUAAACAACAUGAUAUUGUUUGAAGUUCUGGGAGGUGUUGUAAUUUAAAAUCGAAAAAAUGUUGCGGUGUGUGUUCCUGGUAUUUGCUUUGUUGGUGGUGACUGUUGCUUUAAACAGUGAUGAUCACAGGACGAGGCACAAACAAAAGUUCACAAUAGAUGAACUUUUAACAACUGUGUUUCCCAAAAAGACUUCAGAUGAUUUAGAUUUAGAUCCAUGCAAAGCAGGAGAAUUUUUGGACGACAUUGCAUUACCAGUACCAAAUAAACAAACCAGGGAGCAAGUUUUAUUACAAGAGGAACUCGAAAAGUACAAGCGUGAUGUUUUGGAAGGGCUACAAGUUGAAGAGGAAGGAAUGACAGAUUAUCUCCGCAGAAAAACAAAACAUAUAACUGACCAAAAAUUGGCAACUAGUGCCAACGAUCCCUCAGAUGUGUCAGUAACUGAAUCCGCCAGUAAUCUGUCCAUAAAGAGAAACCAAAAAUUGGAUAGAAAAAAGAGAGAUCAUUCAAAGAGCAUUAAAAAGAGAGCCGCAACUGCUAGAAAAGAAAGAGUUUGGGAUUACGGUGUAAUUCCCUAUGAAAUUGACGGAAAUUUCAGCGGGUUGCACAAGGCAUUGUUCAAACAAGCUAUGAGACAUUGGGAGAAUUUCACAUGUGUAAAAUUUGUGGAAAGAAAUAGGGAUGAGCAUCCAAAUUACAUUACAUUCACUGAAAGACCAUGUGGUUGUUGCUCUUUUGUCGGGAAAAGAGGGAAUGGUGGACAAGCAAUUAGUAUAGGAAAGAACUGCGAUAAGUUUGGAAUUGUAGUGCAUGAGCUUGGACAUGUGGUAGGAUUUUGGCAUGAACAUACCAGACCAGAUAGAGACAAUCAUGUUAAUAUCAUCAGAGAAAACAUUAUGAAUGGCCAAGAAUACAAUUUUAAUAAAUUAACUGAUGAAGAAGUAAAUUCUUUGGGUUUAACAUAUGAUUACGACUCUAUUAUGCAUUACGCUAGAAGUACCUUUUCUAAAGGAACAUAUUUAGAUACAAUCCAACCUAUUGAUAUGCCUGGAAGAAAACGACCAGAAAUUGGUCAGAGAGUUAGAUUGAGUCAAGGAGAUAUUGCUCAAACAAACCUCCUGUACAAAUGCCCCAAAUGUGGUCGGACAUAUCAAGUAAAUUCUGCUACAUUCACACCCCCAGUGUACAUAAACGAAACCCCACCAGAAAAUGGAAUAAAAUGUGAAUGGAGAAUUACAGCUACACAUGGAGAAAAGAUUCUGCUGAACAUUACUGGAUUAGACAUUGAAAAAUCUCAGGACUGCAAAACUGACUACAUAGAAGUGAGAGAUGGUUACUGGCACAAAUCUCAAAUUCUCGGUUUGUUCUGCGGAACAGGCCAGUUUCAUAACAUAAUGUCUACGGGUAGCAGGAUGUUGAUAACAUAUGUUUCAAAGAAUCCUAAAGGUCAUAAAGGUUUUAAAGGCAGUUUUGAAGCAAUUUGUGGCGGAGAUCUUAUGAUAGAUACAGAAGGACAUCUCGAGUCCCCCAACUUUCCAGACGACUAUCAACCAAAUAAAGAGUGCAUCUGGCGAAUUACUGUGCCUGACGAUUUCCAAGUUGCUCUUAAAUUUCAGUCGUUCGAGGUAGAAAAUCAUGAUGGGUGUGUAUAUGACUACGUUGAAAUUCACGAUGGUUUAACACUUGAGAGCCCAAUUUUAAAAGUACUUUGUGGUUAUAAAAUACCUGCAGAUAUAACAUCAACGUCUAAUCAGUUAUUGGUAAAAUUUGUCUCUGAUGGGUCGGUACAAAAAGGCGGAUUUUCAGCUAUGAUAAUGAAAGAAUAUGAUGAGUGUGCUGUUAUAGAGCACGGAUGUGAACAGGAAUGUAUAAACACCAUUGGAAGUUUUGAAUGCGGCUGCAAAAUUGGAUAUGAAUUACACUCUGAUGGUAAAAAAUGUGAAGAUGCUUGUGGUGGAAUGCUUACUCAAACCAACGGUACUAUCACCUCCCCAAGUUUUCCAGAACUGUACCCAUUAAAUAAGAAUUGUGUAUGGGAAAUUAGAGCAUUACCUCAAUUUAAAAUUACUCUAAAUUUUACUCAUUUCGACUUGGAAGGCAAUAACGCUCAGCCACAACAAUGUGACUAUGAUCGUAUUGAGGUGUACAGUAGGCUGGGUGACGGAAAAAUGAAGGAGCAUGGUGCUUUUUGUGGUUCUAGACCCCCAAAUUUAAUUACGUCUGAGGGAAAUAUUAUGAGAGUGGUUUUCACAUCUGAUACAAGUGUACAAAAAACCGGAUUUGCUGCCAUAUUUUUCACAGAUAUGGAUGAAUGUACGACAAACGACAAUGGAGGAUGCCAACAUGAUUGCGUCAACACCUUCGGAUCGUACAUUUGUACCUGCCACAACGGUUACACUCUUCAUGAAAACGGUAGAGACUGCAAGGAAGGGGGUUGCAAAUACGAAAUUACAACCACCCUAGGGAGCGUUACAAGCCCCAAUUACCCUGACUUUUACCCUAGCCGCAAGGACUGCGUAUGGCACUUCAGUACUAUUCCGGGUCAUAGAAUAAAACUAAGUUUUACUCAUUUCGAACUGGAGUCGCACCAAGAGUGUUCCUAUGACCAUGUGGACUUCUAUGACGGUGGGUCACCGGAAACUCCAACUUUAGGAAGAUUUUGCGGCUCGAAAAUACCUCCAUUGGUGAUAACGUCAGGAAAUCAACUGUAUAUGACCUUUAGGUCUGAUAGUUCUGUGCAAAGGAAAGGUUUUCAGGCCAACUAUUUUACAGCGUGCGGUGGUAUUCUUCAGGCUGUGCCAACAACCGUAAAGUACAUUUAUUCUCACGCGAAAUAUGGAAGUGCAAGUUACGAUAACAGGGCUGAUUGUGACUGGACUAUAGAGACGACUCCUGGUUAUAACGUGUAUUUGUCUUUUAUUUCGUUCGACAUUGAAGAGGAAAAAGAUUGCGGUUAUGACUACUUGGAGGUAUUUAACGGUUUGGACUCCAGUGGACUUAGUUAUGGCAGAUUCUGUGGCAAAACUAAGCCGUUCAAUAUUACAUCGAGUCAGGAAGGCCUUCUCGUCAGGUUUAGAUCAGAUGAUACUCUUGGCAGUAAAGGUUUCAGUUUGAGUUAUGUUGCUGUGAAGGAUAUCUUUUUGGAAAGCCCCGAUGAGGACAGUUUUGAAGAGUAAAUUUAUCGAUAAAUCUAGACUAAGUAAAUUUUAGGAUUACUUGUUUAUUUUAUAAUUUAGUGAGUAUUUGUGAUUCAUGCAAUUUAAUAUGCAUAAGUUCAAAAGACAAAAUUUUGUUUUUAGUAUAUGUCUAAUAAGUUAUAGUAUGUUUUUGUCUAUUUUGGCCUAAUUUUCAUGUAUAAUUAUUCUCAUU